CUACGAAGCCACCAAACUUUACAAUUUUUCUAGAGAGAGAGAGAGAGACUUCUCCAAUGGCUCUUAACCAACACACCUCACUCACACUCAUUCUCAUCAUCGCCAUUGUGGCCGGAGCUGCAGCUCAUUCUAGCUUCUCCGAUGAUAAUCCGAUCAGACAAGUCGUCUCCGAAGGUCUACAUGACUUCGAGACCUCAGUUCUGCGAGUCGUUGGCAACACUCGUCAUGCUCUUCGCUUUGCUCGCUUUGCUCACCGGUACGGAAAGAGUUACGAGACGACAGAUGAGAUGAAGAGGAGGUUUUCGAUAUUCUCGGAGAGCUUGGAGAUGAUCAGAUCUCAUAACAAGAAGAAGCUGCCUUAUACUCUCGGUGUUAACCGUUUUGCUGAUUUGACAUGGGAAGAAUUCAGCAAAGAGAAGUUGGGAGCUGCUCAAAACUGCUCCGCAACCUUGAAGGGCAGUCACAAGCUCACAGAUGUUGUUCUCCCUAAAAAGAAAGAUUGGCGGGAAGAAGGCAUUGUCAGCCCCGUGAAGAAUCAAGGAAGCUGUGGAUCUUGCUGGACAUUCAGCACAACUGGUGCACUGGAGGCAGCCUAUACGCAAGCAUUUGGGAAAGGAAUUUCUUUAUCUGAGCAGCAGCUUGUAGACUGUGCUCAAUCAUUUAAUAAUUAUGGCUGCAAUGGAGGGCUUCCAUCCCAAGCCUUUGAGUACAUAAAAUAUAAUGGUGGACUUGAAACCGAGGCAGCAUAUCCAUACACCGGUAAAGAUGGAAAAUGCAAAUUCUCAUCGGAAAAUGUUGGAGUCCAAGUUCUUGACUCUGUCAACAUUACGCUGGGCGCUGAAGAUGAAUUAAAGCAUGCCGUAGGAAUUGUUCGUCCUGUUAGUGUAGCUUUUCAGGUGAUUCAGAGUUUCCGAUUAUACGAAGGAGGAGUUUUCACCAGUGACUCGUGUGGCAGCACUCCCAUGGAUGUGAAUCAUGCCGUUCUUGCAGUUGGCUAUGGAGUUGAAAAUGGCAUCCCAUAUUGGCUCAUUAAGAAUUCAUGGGGAGCAGACUGGGGUCUUGAUGGUUACUUUAAGAUGGAGCUGGGAAAGAACAUGUGUGGUGUGGCAACAUGUGCAUCUUACCCUAUUGUUGGUGCUUAAGGGUUGCCGAAGAACUAGUAAAGUUUGUGGUAUAAACUCGUCUUGUUUCAUUCUGUGGUGCAGCCAUUUUGCAUCCAGUAUACAAGCUAAAUGGGGUGUAUUAUAUCUACUACUAUUUAAGCUGUUUUCAGGCUUCAAUGUACAAAAUAAAGAUUAUAGAUACUUGAAAGUUAUUGUAAAUCAGGAUAUUUAUGUAUACAAAUGUACGGCCCCCUUCACGGAUUUGCCCGAACAUGAUGGUUUUAGGUAUUGGUUGUGCAUUAUGCACAUGAUUUAUACCAUUGAAUAAACUGCGCAGUUGAUACUUA